AUGAUGACAUUGGACAGUCGAGAAGAGUUGUUGAAGAUCCACGAAAUCUACCCAAAAGCCGAUCUUAUCAUCCGUUUGGCUACUUCGGAUAAAUCGGCAAUGACUCCAUUGAGUGGGAAAUUUGGAGCUGAAGGCACGAGGCAAAUCCCCGAUUUGUUGAUGGAAGCGAAGAAGUUGGGACAGAAUAUUGCUGGGAUCAGUUUUCACGUUGGUUCGGGCUGUCGCGAUCCGACGUCUUUUCGUCGAGCUUUGGAACAGGUGAAGACUUUGUACGAUUUCGGGAAAUCGCUCGGCCAUUCAAUGCAAAUCAUUGACAUUGGUGGCGGAUUUCCGGGCGGAAAAUUGAAUGCAAAUUUCGAAGACUGUGCCAAAGAGAUUCGCGACUCGUUGAGGGACUAUUUCUCAACAAAAAACGUACAAGUGUUGGCCGAACCGGGACGCUAUUUCUCCGCAGCACCGUUCACCCUUUGUGCAAAUGUGAUCCACUCGAUGGAAGUACCACCUGAAUACGAUGAAACGAGAUCCUCGACUGAAUCUUGCAUGAAGUAUUAUCUAAAUGAUGGUGUGUUCGGCUCGUUUGCAUGCAAAUUUAAUUUGUACCUUCACUCGGAAGGAGUACCGUUGAAUCCAAAACCAGAUCGCCCAAACCUGCGAUCGACUAUUUUCGGGCCCACGUGUGAUACAUGGGAUAAGAUUGAGGAGGAUCGCCUCAUCGAAAAGAUGAACACCAAUGAAUGGAUCUACUACAUAGACAUGGGUGCUUAUAGUUGUGCUUGUGCUUCGAACUUCAACGGUUUUCGCCCACCCGAGCAUCUUUUCGCAAUCUCUCAAGAAAAUUGGUUU